CGUGUUUUUGCCGCGUCAGUAAACACCCCAUCAUCCUUGUUUUAAACUAAUUGACUGCACAGCUUGAGAGCUAUUGUUUUGGUCCCCUUUUCGAUAGGAUGCAGGAGAGCUUUCAACUUCAUGUUUCGAUGCUUUGUUAGCGAUGUCUGAAACUCUCUUUUGACGUCAAAGUGCGAAUACUUUGCUUGAUUAGUAUUCGUGUUUUGAAAAAUAGUCUCACGCAUUAUCACUUGAUUCUAUUCAUUGAGAUUCAUACAACCUCUUGCACGACCUUCUCCUCAACAUCAUAAAAAGUUGUAAUAUUUUUGUAUUCUAGAGUUAAUUUUGUCUCAGGUGAAUUAUCCAGUCGCCAUGCAGCUCCGUGGGUCUGUGUCGAGCAGUACCGCGCAGGUCACCUAGACCGCCCACACGCCUCGCCUCGUGCCUGACACAACGAUAUCCCGCUACAACAAUGUCGCUCAAAAUACUCUACCUUAUCUACUCCGCCCUUAUAUGCUCAUAUGUGUGCGGUGAAGAAGCUGCGCCGUUGGCACAGCCGCGGCCGGCCAACGCCACUGCCGACCCAGCGGAUACUCGCUCCGUAGGCCGCGUGCCGCCUUACGUGCCGCCACACCAGGCGCCCUACCAGCCCGCCGUCGGCAUCGCGCCGGGACUACAGCCGCCCGGCUUCAGACCUCACAGUCCUUACACGCGAGUUGACUCCUGGCAUCAUCGUCACGUGGCCAUUGAUUCUGACGUCAUAGCGGAAGAUUUCGAUGAUGAUGCCGACGACGGUGACUGCAACCAUCCAUGUCCUGCCGAUCAUUUCUCUUGUCAGGUGUCAUGUACCUGCAUCCCAAUGGAGAAGCGUUGCGAUGGCAUCGCGGAGUGCGCGGAGGCGGAGGACGAGCAAGGCUGCGCGCGCGCCUGCGACGAGAGUGACAACCGCACGGUGUGCCAUGCCACCGGCGUCUGCAUUGCGCUUACGUGGCUCUGUGACGGUGACAACGACUGCGGGGACUUCUCUGAUGAAACACACUGCGACGGCACUAGCAACUGCACAGUCGACAUGUUCACGUGCACGAACGGCCUCUGCAUCCACAAGGACUGGGCGUGCGACGGAGACAAUGACUGCCGCGACAACUCUGACGAAAUAAACUGUCCCAAGGGCAAAUGUGGCGAGAAGCAAUUCCGGUGUGGCACGGGGGAGUGCCUCGCGAAACACUGGCACUGCGACAAAGAACCCGAUUGCCCUGACAACUCCGAUGAAGCUGAUUGCCACCUAGAAUUCCUGCAGUGCGGAGAAAACGAGUUCCAAUGCAACAAUAAUAACUGUGUUCGAAAAGAGUUCCAAUGUGACGGCGACAACGACUGCGGCGACUGGACUGACGAAGACGCUUGCCCCUCCUUACCCGGCACCUGUAACACUGGAGAGUUCAAGUGUACCGACGGCAAAUGCAUCCCUGACCGGUGGCGGUGCGACGGACAGCGGGACUGCGCGGACGGUGACGACGAAACAGCCUGCGAACCCUACGGCCGAAAGAACUGCACCAUCGACGAAUAUACGAAUUGCGUAAACAAGAAGCACGUGUGUGACGGCAUGAAGGACUGCCCUAAGGGAGACGAUGAGGAGAACUGCCCAACGAAGCGCACCUGCACUCCUAGUGAUAAGUGCGAAAAGCUGUGCAUCACCACACACGAUGGACAACCGGCUUGCACUUGCCCUUUGGGUUACCUGCUAGCUGAGGAUGGUUUCAGUUGCCGCGACAUCGACGAGUGCAUGUUCGAGCAGGACCCGGUGUGCUCGCAGACGUGCUCCAACACGCCGGGCACCUUCACGUGCGGCUGCAUGACGGGCUACGUGCUGCGCCCGGACGCACGCUCCUGCAAACCCAUCGGAGAAUCCCCCACGCUACUGUUUACCAACAGAAUUGGCAUACGAAAGGUGUGGUUGACUGGUGAGAAUUAUGAGCCAGUGAUAAAAGGACUCCAUAAUGCAGUCUGUCUCGACUAUCAUUACGAAAAGCAACUCAUUUUCUGGUCAGAGAACAACAUGAAAGUUAUAAGAGUCGCGGAAUUGAUUAACAAUACAAUGUCAGAUGUAAUAAAAUGGGGAUUAGAAACGCCAGGUGGUCUUGCCUUGGACUGGAUACACAAUUUGCUGUUUUGGACUGAUUCGGGCAACAGAAGGGUCGAGGUUGCCACAUUAGACGGCAUGAAGAGAGCUGUGCUCACAGCUACCGACUUAGACAAACCUCGAGCUAUUGCUGUUCAUCCUGGCGACGCUUUGGUAUUCUGGACUGAUUGGGGCCCUAAUCCAAAAAUAGAAAGAACUGACAUGGACGGCAAAAGAAGAAGGAGUAUUAUUUUUGAUAACAUAUUCUGGCCUAAUGGACUUACAAUAGAUUACGUCGAAUCUAAAAUUUACUGGGCAGAUGCUAGACACCAUGUUAUAGAGAAAGCGUCUUUUGAUGGAAAGGACAGGAAAAGGGUGACAAACAAAGGUCUGCCACAUCCAUUUGCUCUGACGGUAUUUGAGGAUGCAGUGUACUGGACCGACUGGCACACAAAGAGCAUAUCAACUGUCAAUAAAUAUACUGGAAAGGGAAUACAAACAGUACACGCCAGUCCCACCGCGCCUAUGGAUAUACACAGUUAUCAUCCGAUGCGACAAAUUCGUACGUACAGAAAUCGUUGUGGCAAGGACAACGGCGGCUGUUCCCACCUCUGUCUCCCCAACAGCAUCGAUUACUCCUGCCGGUGUCCCGCCGGUUUCAAUUUAAAAUCUGAUGGCCGAACCUGUGAAGACACCCCGGAGAAACUCCUGUUGUAUGUUAGCAAGAAAAACAUAAGACUUAAACUAUUGAAUCCUCGCAAACAAAUAGAUUCAUUGGAUGCCGUGAUUCCAUUAGAAAAUGUAAAAUACGCAGUAGCCAUGGAUUGGGAUCACAACACUAAUACAAUAUUCUGGACCGACGUUGAUAAAGAUACAGUUAACCGCGCAUAUCUUAACGGAUCUAACCAAACUGUUAUCGUUUCUUCGAACCUCAUAUCGCCAGCGGGCCUAGCAUAUGACUGGUUAACAGACAAGCUGUAUUGGACCGAUUCUGGCAGUAACAGAAUCGAAGUAGCACAUUCUGAUGGCACUAUGAGAGGACUUUUGGCUUGGAAAGAUAUCGACAAACCUAGGGAUAUAGUUUUGAAUCCAAAAGGUGGAGUGAUGUACUGGUCGGAUUGGGGUGCAACCCCGUGUAUAGAGCGCGCAGACAUGGAUGGCAGCAAUCGAAAGAGAAUUCUGUUCGGAGACAUGACCUGGCCGAACGGACUGGCCGUGGAUUAUGAUAAUAACCGUCUCUAUUGGAGCGAUGGCGGCAACCGAACAAUAGAAUACGCUAAUCUUGACGGAACUGGUCGUACCGUUUUAAUUGCUCAAAAUAUUCCACAUCCCUUUGGAUUGGAUUUAUUCGGCGACGAAGUUUUAUGGACGGAUUGGGAAGCGAAAUCUAUUCAAGCAGCUAAUAAAUAUACUGGUAAGAAUAGACGCACCCUUGGCGCUGGGAUUGAUGGACUAAUGGAUGUUAGAGUUUUUCAUACUGAAAGGAAAUUUGUAGCCAAUCGUUGUGCGAAAAAUAAUGGUGGUUGUUCCCAUCUCUGUUUACUAAAACCAAAUGGGCGAUCUUGUGCUUGUCCCACGGGUAUUAAAAUAAAUGACGAUAAAAGAACGUGUCCCGGAGGUCCUUUAAAUUACUUGAUUUUUGCACAUCGUAUCGACAUACGCAUUAUGUCCUUGGAUGUUCCGUACCUCGUAGAUGUUGUGAUGCCGCUGCCUCCGCUCAAGAAUACAUUAGGUGUUGAUGUCGAUCAAAGAACAGGUAUGGUCUACUGGAGUGAUACAGCUGAAAGAGUAAUUCGGCGCUCGAACCGGCACGGACAAAACAUAGAGACAAUUUUCUCACACGGCAUCCGUACCUGCGACGGCAUGGCUAUUGACUCUGCUGGACGGAAGAUUUACUGGACUGAUGGAGGGCGAAAUAGCAUUGAAGUUGCAGAAUUAGAUGGAAGCAACAGAAAACUACUCAUUUGGACUGGAUUAGAUUCUCCUCGAGCCAUCGCAUUAUAUUACGAACAGGGCUACAUGUUCUGGUCGGACUGGGGAACAACUGCUAAAAUUGAGCGGGCUGACAUGGACGGUAAAAACAGACAGGUUAUUGUAGAUAGCAAUAUAAAAUGGCCCAACGGUCUAGCGAUAGAUAGAAAUGAAGGCCGCUUGUACUGGAAUGAUGCUAAGAUGCUUACGAUUGAAUGUUCUAAUUUCAAUGGCAAAGAACGACGUACUCUUUUGAACAAAGUUCCUUAUCCCUACGGAAUCGUGUUAGUUGGCCAACACAUCUACUGGACGGACUGGAAGACCAAAGCUCUUCAUAGAGCUGAUAAGACUACUGGCGAAAAUCAAUUGAAAAUCAGAGAGAAUUUAGAAGGUUUGAUGAAUCUACGCGCGGUACAAGGUGACCAAGUGUUCACGAACGCUUGUGGUGAAAAUAAUGGAGGAUGCUCUCAUCUCUGUCUGCGAGCUCCCAAAGGAUAUUCCUGUGCUUGCCCGACGGGAAUACUUUUCGAAAACGACACUGAACCAAAUCCGAAGACCUGUAAACCUCAUCCUGACAAUUUCCUGGUGUUUGCCACUAAAAAGACUUUGACAAUGAUGUCUUUGGAUACACCGGAGCAAUGGGAUAUUACGCUACCUGUGAAGAACAUCUCAAGUACGGUUGCUGUUGACUACCAUUGGGAAGAAAAAAUGAUAUAUUUUACUGAUGUCGGUUUUGGUGUGAUCAGAUCUAUUAAUAUGACAAACAUGAGAGAAACCAAAAUUAUAAUCAAAGAAAACUUGACUGCUCCGAACGGUCUGGGCAUUGACUGGAUUGCUAAUAAUAUGUACUGGACUGAUAAUGAAUACAAGGUUGUGGAGGUGUCACGUUUAGAUGGAACCUGCAGAAAGACUUUAGUCACAAAUUUAUCGGAACCUCGCUCACUCACUGUGUUUCCAGCAAAAGGGUUUCUAUAUUGGAGCGAUUGGGGAGAGGUGCCACUGAUAGAACGAGCUUUGCUAGACGGUAGUCAGAGAAAAGCCAUCGUUACCCACGAUCUCGGCUUCCCUAAUGGCCUGACAAUUGACUUCAAAGGCCGCAGACUCUAUUGGACCGAUGCUUUGAAACAGAGAAUCGAUACAUCUGAUCUGAACGGACAACAUAGAGUGCAAUUAGUGCCUCACGCGAAAAAUCCUUUCGGAAUGACACAGUUCAAUGACUACAUCUACUGGACGGACUGGUUCAAGAAGUCAGUGAUGAGGGUCGACAAGAAGACUGGUAAGAACGUGACCGCGGUUAGCGCGGAAUUAGACACGUUGAUGGAAAUAAAAGCGGUGUCGGCGGAAAAGCAGCGCGGCUGGAACCCGUGCAGAGACGACAACGGCGGCUGCAGCCAUCUCUGCCUCUUUAGAGGACCAGACUACGUAUGCGACUGCCCCAAUGUACCAGACGAACGGCCGUGCACUAAGGAAACGAAAUUACGUGUCGAUAGAAUGCCGUCUCAUUAUCCAUCAUACUACGAUUACAUGGACACUGAGGUGACAGUAAAGCCACCCUUGCCCACCGCCCAGCCGGAGAGGAGCAUCAUCGUCAUUAUAAUGGGCACCGUACUCGCGUGCUUCGUCAUCUUUGGAGCUAUCAUUAUUAUCAUCAUUUGCGUGAAACUGUACACGGGGCGCAGCGGCGAGCUGAAGGAGAACUACCGCGAGUCCGGCGGACACAUCUCCUUCCACAACCCCAACUACAGCUGCGCGCGUGUGACUAACGUGUACAUCCCGGAGGGCACCAGUUUACUGCCGCCGCCGCCGCCACCGCCGCAUCGCCGACCUUCACACGACGACUUUGAACCUGUCACCUUACAUCCUUUCGCCUGAAUUCGGACCUGUAAGGUGUCAGAUGCCAUCACAUUCACGUUUACCGAAUUAAUUCUAAAAUACAAUCGCAAUAAAUUUAUUAAGUAAUAAAGUAUCGGGUUUCAACGUUAGUGUGAUGGCACCUUAAUGAAAAACGAUCUCAAUUACCAGGAAUAGCCAGUUGUAGAAAUGACACGUAGUUUGUAGAACAGGCGGUGUCUCAAAUGCGAUGUGUUAGAGCUCAUAGAAAACGCUAUACAGGCUGAUGACAAAGUAAAACGCGCUGCUAAAUAGCUGCCAUGGACUAUACAGAGAAAAUCAAAAUAAUUGUCUCAAAAAUUUGGGGCGUGUAAUCAACUACCUAAUUUCGUCAAUUCCAAAUAUCAAUAAAAUGGACAUAUACGUAGAUGUAUACAAUAAGAUUAUUGCUAAUUAUAAUCUGAUUGGAAAACUAAAUGUAGGCUAAAUUUGUAGGAAUAUAUCUGUCCUAGCCUACUUUAUAUCUCGAUUCAACCUCGUUGUCAGUAUUGAAACUCCGUCAUAUAACUAUAUAUGUAAGUGUUUAUGUGAUUUUAGUACAUUCCUAUUCCCAUAGGAAUAUGAAUAUAUGAAUCUUAUUAUUGUUAUUGUUUCUAGAACAUGGAUAUCGUGUAGAUUUUAGAUAAGUCUAGAAGACUAAAAUUAUAUUUUAUUAUUGUGUACAUAAAUUAAAAAAAAUGAGUAAACAUUUCCUGUAGUUUCUUUAGUUUGUAUUUUGUUUUUUAAACAAAGUCGUGGAUAUCGAGAUCAUGUCAUUUUGCGGCGUUGUUAGAUUUUCUUAAUGUUUAUAUUUUUUAUAUUUCUACGAUACUAGAAUGGGUGAAGUCCUAAAUUAUUUUGCUUCUAUAAAUUGUUCGCGAUCACCCAACUUAGUAUCGUAGCUCCAAAAAAAUGUGAAUUUUUAUAGAAAUAAAUAAGUGUAACAGAUAGAAAUAAAUAUGUAAAAUGCGUAUUAUUUUCGUAUAAGUCCUUGUCCCUCUUUCCGUUGGCUCACGGGAAGGGAUGCAAGGCGGAAUUAACACUAAAUAUUAAUAAAAAAACAUAUAUAAUAUGUAUUGAGGUCUGGAGUUUUUUAAUUGUUAAUUUCUUAUUGACGAGUUAUGAAUGUAAUCCUGGCCUCUCAUCGCUGUCAUUGAAUGUUUGAAUGUGUAUUUAUGUAAAUGUAUUAGUAAACAUAAUUAACAUAUAUAUGCUGUUGAUUAAAGAAAGGUCUCAACGAGAAUCGACACUAGAUAAUCCAUUUAUUUUCCAGUUGGUUUCUUUACAAUGCUUCUAGUUUCACCACGAUUUAUAUGGUGACAAUAAAAAUAUCAGUGUAAAUAAUUAGUUUUAAUUACGACGAUUUUUUAUCAAACAUAAUGGAAUGUAAAUAGUUUUAUUUCUAAAUCAUGCGAUACUCGGUUAUAUUUGUUCAAUAACAAAUGUUGGAAUAUGCACGUCUCAUAUCAGAGUGAAUUCCUUUAGUAAUUAAUUAGAAUUGUAUCUUAAAAUAUGCUUUGGAGUUUCCUAUUAAAUAUAGAAGUUUGCCUCAUUACUUCUGUUAUGGGAUGUCAUGUUAAUUUCCUUGUGUUUUUAUCGAGGGUUCUAAUGACGCCCAAAAAGGGCGGGAAAAGUUUCACAGGGUGUUUUAAUCUAAGGUAGACUUAGGACGGGUAACAACGGUUACAGAUUCAAAAUAUAUUUGCCCAGAGAAAAUUAUUUUUAUCUGCUUCAAUUCAGCCAGACUAACAUUGUUAUCGCCGUCAAAUAUUUUCCAAAAUGAUUAUCAAAAACCUAUCUAUUUCUAUUUUAUAGAUAAAAACUUUAUUUUAAUACAUUGAUGAAUGUUUUGUAUGUUUUUAAAUUAAAAUGUGUGUAAAUUAGAAUCAAUGUUCUGAUGUACUUUGAAUAAACAAAAACAUUUGUAAAUACAACUGAUAAAUAACGAUAGUAUAGAAUGACCGAUUUAUCUGACCCGGUGGGCAUAAGUGUUAACUAGCCCUUGUCAAUGUCAAAAAAGUGUCACAAGAUCUUUGCAAAAUUGCUAUUUUUAUUUUCUGAAACUAACCGCGAUAGCGACUCUCAACGGGCCAGAUAAGUCUGUCUAUCUGUACAUCAAUAACAUUUAAUUUAAUAAGAGUUUGUUGCGCCAUUCAUAGUUUAUUCCCGAUAUUUUACUAUAAAGAAUAAUUUAAACAUUUGCUGUGUAUAAAAUACACUGUUUUGUUUAAUCUCUUCAAUACUCUAUCCAUCCCAUUUAUAGAAUCGACUUUCAAAUGUUGCAUAUCUUGUUUUUCAUAUUUGUUCAACGUAAAUAGGCUUUGUUUAAAAAUCGAAUUGAAAAUGGCCACAACUCGAAUGAUUUGGAAUUAGUUUUAAGGAAAAAAACCUAUUUCUUUGAAUGCAUAGCUUGUAAGGGAAGGGAAUAUGAGUGCUGUGAUACCAGAAACUUUGGGUUUGAGUACGAGGAUGGAAGAUGUCGGCAAUUAUUAAUAAUUCGAAUUGAAUGUGUGGAGUUUUAUUUUGUCGUAAUUUGUAAAUGACAUUCGUCAUUUUAUGCACAAAAUAAUCAUGCGCACAAAAGCGUUUCCAAAUAAUCGUUUAUCAACUUUCGAAAUCUCUUUCAUUUAUAAAAUUAAUAAAUCAAAAUUCAUAAGAUCAUCGUGCGAUUUGUGCCAAAUUUGUA